UUAGCGUCAAAGCGUCCCAUACGAAUCAUAAUUCAAAUGCCGCUUCAAGUUCACCCGUUUUGUCUUAUUCGAGCUUCGUCGCGUCGUCUUUAUUUCUAGGGUGAUGCUAAAUUAGCCAUGCAGUUUGUGACGAGUGAUGCUUAGAACUUGCACUGACACGUUCGACUUCGAAGAAAUGCUUCAUCCAGUCAGUCCAUGGCUGAGUCUGCAGCUCUCAGGUCUGAUCCAGUCAAUCCGUCAGAGCACAGUUGGUUCCCUGGACCCCCACCACCUAUUUACGCCUGCACCCUGAGCUCUGAGCUGGUGGCGAAGGCACGGGAGGAGCUCCAGGAGAAACCGGAAUGGCGUCUACGGGAUGUACAAGCUCUACGAGAUAUGAUACUAAAGGAGCAGCCCAAUCUCAGGACCAGGCUUGACGACUCCUUUCUCCUGCGCUUCCUGCGGGCCAGGAAGUUUGACUAUGACCGAGCCCUGCAGCUCUUGCUUAAUUACCACGCAGGACGUAAGGCUUGGCCUGAGGUCUUUCAGGACCUGAAGCCAUCCACAGUGAAGCAUGUGCUGGACUUGGGCUUUCUCACAGUCCUUCCUCGACCGGACCCUAACGGAAGGUACAUCCUCUGUCUCCGGCCAGGAAAAUGGAAAGCAAAUGAUUACCCAUUUGUUGACAAUGUGAGGGCCAUGUAUCUGACACUGGAGAAGCUGAUCCAGCCGGAGGAGACGCAAGUGAACGGUAUCGUUAUCUUAGCGGACUACACUGGAGUUGGUAUGUCACAGGCAUCCAAUCCAGGCCCUUUCCUCGCCAAAAAAGUUGUGAGCAUUCUUCAGGAUGGCUUCCCAAUCAGAAUCAAGGCUGUUAACAUAAUUAAUGAACCCAGGAUUUUCAAAGGCAUCUUUGCUGUAAUUAAACCUUUCCUGAAGGAGAAGAUGGCAGAGAGGUACAUGCUCCACAGCUCAGACCUGCGCUCCCUGCACCGGAACAUUCCCCGCUCUGUCCUGCCAGAGGAGUACGGCGGCACGGCCGUGCAACUGGACAUGCGUGCCUGGUCCAGACUGCUGCUGGACUCUGAGGAGGACUUCAUAGUGGAGUUCUGCCAGCCAGACCCACUGGAGGGCGCCAUGCUGCCCGAGUCCAUGCUGUUCCGAAGCGAUGAAGCCGACCGUGGGCAGGACAAUGACGCUUUUAGGGGGGCGCGCUCUCAACUUUACUCGUGUUACUGAAAGACUGGACAUUCACUGCCGGGACAUUCCCUGUUACGACGGCAUUAGUAUUAGUUGGGCAAAUUGCUGAUAUUAGUUUUCUGCUAAUACUCUCCAUCCAUUUUCUGUAUCCUCGCUAUGGUCGCGGGUGAACUGGAGCGUAUCCCAGCUGAUUUGGGGCGACAGAAGCACUAUUUGGAGAGGGAUUGUCCGUGUUGUGUAGUUGGCACUCGGCUCAUUCAGUCAGUCACCAGCUGCAGGCGGCUUGUGACACGAGCAUGGCAAAAAAACGCAUGAGGAAUAUGCCGUAACCGGUCGCUUCACUUUUUUUUUUUUUUUUUUUUUAAUGGAUGUUUUUUCAAGUUGCUUUACUGUGUAUAGGCAUAAAAGUGCUCAGUCUUUCUCAAGUCCCACACUCCCAUAAUGCUGCUGUUAAAAAAAAAAAAAGUGUGGAUUAAGUCAAUGUUCAUC